AUGACGCAUGGUGCACCCCCUGCCAAGCAGCUGGCUGUGGCUGAGAUCCAAGCCAUUGCUGACAAGGUGAAGUCCCUGCUGGAAGAGAAGGAAAACAAGAAGUUCCCGGUGUUCAACGCUGUGGAGUUCAAAAGCCAAGGGGUUGCUGGGAGGACCUUCUUCAUCAAGGUUCAGAUGGAUGAUGACUUUGUGCACAUUCAAAUGUUUGAAAGCCUUUCACAGGAGAACAAGCCAGUGGCCUUGACCAGCUACCAGACCCACAAAGGCAGACAAGACGAAGUGAUGUGCUUCUAG